AUGGCAGAAGGUGACAAGAUCACCGGCAUCGUGGACUGGGAAACAGCUGGCUGGUUUCCGUAUUAUUGGGAAUAUACGACAGCGUGCCAGGUCAAUUUUAGAAAUACAUUCUGGCGUGAAGAGAUCGACAAAUUUCUGGUGCCAUGGCCUGAGGAGCUCAGAAUGGAGGAACUUAGACAGGCUCACUUUGGGGACGUAUGA